CCAGCCUCCUCCCUCAGCCUCUGGGGUGAAGGCGACUGAGAGGAAACCGAGCACAUUCAGCUCCCUCAGCCGGACACAGAGAGAGAGAGAGAGAGAGAGAGAGAGAGAGAGAGAGCAGCGAUCUAAAUCACAGCGACUGCCUGUGACUCACACUUAUCGCCACAUCUGGGUAAGAGGAUCAUGGCAGACACAGAGUUGGUCCAAUUUGCUGCCUUGCUCGAUGACCUCUCGUCCAACAUCACAGCAGAGGACCUGAACCAACUCAAACUGGCCUGCAAAGAGGACAUUCCAAGCAACAGAAGCCAGGAGCUGACCGGAUGCAAAGAGUGGUUCAACUUCUUGGAAAAACACGACAAGCUGUCCAAAGAUAACCUGUCGUACAUUGAGCACGUGUUUGAGCUCUCACGGAGACCUGACCUGCUGACCAUGGUGUUGGAGUACAGGACAAAGGUACUUAAGGUCAGCGAGGAACAGGAGAGCGAAUCCAAAUUCACCCGCAUCCCCAGUGCCAUCAAGUACAAAGAUGUGAUCCGCCAACCAUCAGAAGAUGAAAUCAUCAAACUUCAGCUCCCCCCGAAGAAAGUCUGAACCCCUGAAGGAAGGAAGGGGAUUGAUUGAGGAAGAGAGAAAGAGAGGAGAAAUAGGCAGAAAAAGAGAGAGAGAGAGAGAGGGAGAAGGAGAGAUAGGGAGGCCGAGAGCAAAGGAGCUAGCUGUAUAAAAAUAACCUUUGUUCAAAAAAACACAGCAUUAACCUACAUUCGUGAUCCAUUCCUGUCAGGGAGACGCAGUUAGACUGUGUGUGUCUGUGUGUGUGUGUGUGUGUGUGUGUGUCUGUGUCUGUGUCUGUGUGUGUGUGUGUGUCUGUGUGUGUGUGUGUGUGUGUGUCUGUGUCUGUGUGUGUGUGUGUCUGUGUGUGUGUGUGUGUGUCUGUGUGUGUGUGUGUGUGUGUGUGUGAGUGUGUGAGUGUGAGUGUGUGUGUGUGUGUGUGUGUGUGUUAGAGAGAGAGGGAGAGAGAAUGCGAGAGAGAUAGAAUGAGAGAGGGGAAGAGUGAAUGAGAGGGAGAGAGAGAGAGAGAGAAAGUGAGAGAGAGAGAAAAUAUGUGAGAGAAAGAAUGAGGGAAAGUGAGAGAAAGGGAAAAUGGGAGAAAGUGAGAGAGAGAAAGUGAAAGAGAGAGAGAAAGUGAGAGAGAAUGAGAAAGUGAGAGAGAGAGUGAGAGAAUGGGAGAAAGUGAGAGAGGGAGAGAGAGAAUGAGAUGUGACAGUGAUUUCCCCCCUCCCCUCCGCACUCCCCCGUAACCCCCUGCUACGUCCUCCCCUCCCACCUCCAGACCCUCGUAUUGUUUCUGGUGUGCCCCCGAGUCUGGCUAGUGAGUCCCGUUUACAAAACUUGCCUUUGCUGCCUCCUUGUCUCCCACACACCGCCGCCGACCCCCCCUCACCCCCCCACCCCGCCCCCCAACACACCCUCCCCUCCCCAAGGUCGCCCCUCGAGCCGGGCAGUUCUAUGCAAUGCACACUAACCUCCAGUCAGCAAACAUGGCCGCCGUCCCAGGCGCGCCCCCCCCCCCCACCCACCCACCCUCCCUGAACCGCUGUCCCGACACGAGCGGGGGGGUCUCACCAAGAACCAUUCCCCCCCACCCUCCACCUCGGGAUGGAGAUUUCCCCCACCCUGUCCCCUCUGCCCCGGUUUGGAGUAGGAGGUUUGGGUGGAGGGCUCGCGGGAGGGUGGGGGAGGCAAGGGGAGCGAGGCAGAGAGGAGAAAGGGAAGGGGCAGUGCAGCUUUACCCACCGACGAUCCCUGUCACUGUUUUACUAACCGAGGUGUGACAUUAAAUAAACCUGUGUGGUGCGUUUGAAAAGGAAAAAAAAACAAAUCAAACUCGG